UAAUUAAAAUAAAAAUCAUAACUUUGAAAAAAUAUCCGAUUUGUUCUAUCGAUAAUCUUCAAUGUAUAUCGAAAAUUCGAGUGUAAGAUGACAACUAACAGUAACAGUAUUCAAGUUUAGUAGAGAAAUUUGGUUAUAUUGUGACUUACACCGGGGGUGUUUUAUUUAUAAUUAAAUAUUAAAAAUGCCAGGGAAAAUAGAGCAUCGUUCGGUAACUCCUCUGUUAGCAGCAUUUCGAAACAUAUUACGAGGUAGACCUAUUAUAGAAGCACUAAGAUUUGCGGAUUGUCUUGCUGCACGUACUCAACCACCUCCGAAUAUACCUGGAGGGCCAUAUCAUAAAACUUCAAAGGUGUAUUAUUUCACACGUGAUGCUAGACGUCUUGUUCAACCACCUAUAGAAGUGCUUGCACGUAAACAAAUAGGAGCAGGGAAAGAUGUUUCUACUGAAAUGAAACACUGUACACCAGGUAAAAUUUAUAUACCUGAUAAAUAAAAUGUGAUAAGAUUAUUGUGAACUUUGACUGUAGUACAUAAUAAAUAUCAUAAGAUAGAUAAGAAUUAUGUGAAUAAUAAUGUUUUUAAGAUAUAUGUAAAUUAAUAAAGCGAAGGUUAUUUAAUUA